AUGCAGGCCGUUCGCGCCCCUGCGGGCGCUGUGUCGUGCCGCGCUGGUGUGGCCAGGAGCGGGCCGCGGCGGGCGGUGCAGUGCCGCGCCGGCCAGCGCGUGACCAAGAACAGCAAGAAGAUCGCUGACAGCGUCACGGAGCUCAUCGGCGACACCCCCAUGGCCUUCCUGGACAAGAUCGCUCCCGGGGCGGGCGGGCGCAUCGCCGCGAAGCUGGAGAUGAUGGAGCCGGCGUGCAGCGUCAAGGACCGCAUCGGCGUCAACAUGAUUGAGGAGGCCGAGGAGGCGGGCCUCAUCACGCCCGGCACCACCACGCUCAUCGAGCCCACGUCCGGGAACACCGGGAUCGGACUCGCCUGGGUCGCGGCCGCCAAGGGCUACAAGCUGAUUCUGACGAUGCCCGCGUCCAUGUCCGUCGAGCGGCGCAUCCUGUUCCGCGCGUUCGGCGCCGAGCUCGUCCUGACGGACCCCGCGAAGGGCAUGAAGGGCGCGGUCGACAAGGCCAAGCAGCUCGCCGCGAAGACCCCGAACUCGCACAUUCUGCAGCAGUUUGAGAACGUGGCGAACCGCAACAUCCACUACGCGACGACGGGGCCCGAGAUCUGGCGGGACACCGCGGGGCAGGUCGCGUACCUCGUCGCGGGCGUCGGCACGGGCGGCACGAUCACCGGCGCGGGGGAGUACUUGAAGGAGCAGUCCCCCGGGGUGAAGAUCGUCGCCGUGGAGCCCGUCGAGUCGCCCGUGCUCUCGGGGGGCUCCGCGGGCCCGCACAAGAUCCAGGGCAUCGGCGCGGGGUUCGUCCCGGGCGUGCUGAACACGAACGUCUACGACGAGGUGGUCCAGGUGGACUCGCAGGCGGCGCUGGCCAUGGCGCGGCGGCUGGCGGCGGAGGAGGGGGUGUUCUGCGGGAUCUCGUCCGGCGCGGCGGUCGAGGCCGCGAAGCGCAUCGCGGAGCGCCCCGAGGCGGCGGGCAAGCUGAUCGUCGUGGUCAUUCCCUCGUUUGGGGAGCGCUACCUGUCGACGGCGCUGUUCGCCGAGGUGCGGGAGGAGUGCGCGAAGCUGGGCGUAGACGAGCGCAUCAAGUUCGUCGACAUCGCCGGGCGGGAGUGGUUCGUGCCGUCGAAGUGA